AUGGGUGUGAAGCUCAACUCCGGACCAACGAUCGAGAUCAACGGCCUCAAAUUCACCUACCCAGGAAUCAACGGCCAUCCUCCACCGGGCUCCAAGCCUCUGAUCGAGGACUUCAACCUCACCCUCAACGCUGGCGAUCGGUGCCUCCUCGUCGGAUCCAACGGCGCCGGCAAAACCACGAUCUUGAAGAUCUUGGGAGGCAAGCACAUGGUCGAGCCCCACAUGGUUCGCGUGCUCGGAAGGUCGGCGUUUCACGACACCGCCUUGACCGGCUCCGGCGACCUCUCCUAUCUCGGCGGAGAGUGGAGGCGAGAUGUGGCUUUUGCCGGGUUUGAUGUCCCGAUACAGAUGGACGUUUCGGCCGAUAAGUUGAUCAAUGGGGUAUCGGGGGUCGACCCACAAAGGAGAGCAGAGCUAAUAAAGGUCCUGGAUAUUGAUCUUUCAUGGAGGCUGCACAAGGUCUCCGAUGGUCAGAGAAGACGAGUACAGAUCUGCAUGGGCCUGCUCAAGCCAUACAAGGUUCUUCUGCUUGAUGAGAUAACUGUGGACCUUGAUGUGCUAGCAAGAGCUGACCUUCUCAAGUUUUUGAGAAAGGAAUGUGAAGAGAGAGGCGCCACAAUCAUUUAUGCUACACAUAUAUUUGAUGGGUUGGAGGAUUGGCCUUCACAUAUUGCUUAUGUAGCUAAUGGAAAGUUGCAGCUAGCUCUGCCUAUGGAUAGAGUUAAGGAGAUGUACAAGUUGUCACUCAUGAGAACAGUUGAGAGUUGGCUGAGGAAGGAACGUGAUGAAGAGAGGAAGAGAAGAAAUGAGAGAAAGGCAAAGGGCCUUCCUGAGUUUGAGCAACCAAAUGAGGGAAGCGGCGGUGAUGUUCGUGCAGUGAAUAAUGGCUGGGCAGCCGGACGCUUGAAUUCCACCAUUGCUGGAGAAGAGAACUUUGUCUUCAGCUCAAAUAGAGUUCUAAGGCAAUAG